UCAUCAUGUUCAGAUUAAACCAAGCAACUCUAAUCUUCUUUCAAGUAUUAGUUACAUGCCAAGUCUUUGCAGGCACAGGGAUUCAUCAAGUUGACUACAGGGAUGUACUGGUGUCCAGGGGAGCCUCCAUCAUGUUCACUUGCAACACAUACAAUGAAAAUGCAACGCAAAUCACCUGGACCAAAGGCAGAACUUUUUUUGUUUAUUCAGUUGUACACAAUCUAACUUUUUCAAAUCUCACCUCUCACAGACUGAGAAUAGACCUAAACUUACCUUCAAAGCUGGAUAUUUUUAAUGCUCAGCAUGAUGACGCAGGACUUUAUACAUGUCAUGUAGUUGAUACAGACGGUCCAAAGACAAUUGAGUGGAAUUUAACGGUGUCUAAUAAACCUGAAGACAUCAGUCCAUCGAGAUGGUAUUUUCUGUACAUACUCACAUCUGUAAUUGGACUUCUUCUAUGUGGCUUCACUUCAGCCGUCUGCUUCUGCAGAAAAAGCUGGACCAAGACCCCAAAUCAGGACUUAGCCAACAGCAGGACCCUGAGUAAUGUUCAGUAUCAUGCUCAGUUGGGAGGAGAGUCCCUACAGGUGGCUCCUCCUCCACUCCAAAGUUGUGCAGAAUACAGGAUGAAUCACAAGAACAGGGAGAUACGCUGCGUUCCAGACAUUUCAGAAAAUGAUGAAAAUGUUCAACCUCCAACUAGAAAAAGUACAAUGGAGCGCUAGUCAGUGGAUGUUCCUAGUUGUGAAAGCAGGGCAUAUCGAAGGUUACGAUAUGGUAACCCUAGUUCUAUAAGCACAGGCUGAGCCCUCUACUGGACUCUAUGGGUACUACCUCCUCCAA